AUGGAUGGUAUGAGUCUGGUCUGCGACAGGAUUCUGGAGGAGACUUUGACGAUACCUGUGGUUGUGGUUGAGGGUGUGGUUGAGAGUGUGUGGUUGAGGGUGUGGUUGUGGGUUUGUGGUUGUGGUGGAGCUGAUCUUUUGAGAAACCGGAAUAGAGCGUACGCUGCUGGGAGUUUCACUUGGACCCUCAAAUGCCAAAGCAAGAAGCAUACCGAUCGGUUGAGCCUUGUACUAGCGCACGCGCAGAAGAGGGAGGGCAAGCUCGUCGUAGUCACUGGUCUUCAUAUUGCGACCCUACCAAAUGUGCAAGAACCAUCCACACUAGGCAUGCAGAAAUCCCCUCACGGUUCGAAAUCCCAUGCUCUCCGAAAACCAAACAAGCUUCGUGAUACAGCAUCGUUCGGGAGUUCAGACAAGCGUCUCCACUGCAACUAG